AUGUCUCAUCAAGUCAUUGUUCCAAGCAAAUACAGUGAAUUAAGAAAUAUCCACAAAAACUACAUUGAUUCAUAUAUUGCAUUGUAUCAGUUAAAAACGACAAAUGAAAAAGAAUUAAACUCAAUUUACAAUAUGAUCAAAACAAACUUGAUUGAUUCAAAUAAAUAUCUUCCGCAAAAUAUUAUAAAAGAUAUUUUGAAUAUUAUUCUAUAUAAUAAUCGCUAUACAAAGUCAUACUUGUCUCUUGUGAAACAAAUUUGUGAUGAUUAUCAUAUAACAGAAGUCAUGCAUAUUUCAAAACUUGCUAAUAAAUUGUUCUAUAUAGAAUAUGGGAUUAAAUUAGACAAGGCUGAUGAUCUCGGAGAAAUUAAAUUAGAAAAUAUCGAUAUUCAUUCAGAAAAUGCAAUUUACAAAGCUAUUAUGAAUAAUGAUGUAGAAAGAUUCAUUUAUUUAACAGAAAAAGAAGAAUUCGAUCAAGUUAAAAAUCUUAAAAGUAGUUUAUACACUUUUCUUCACGAAGGAUAUUCAAUGCUUGAAUUAUGUUGUUAUCAUGGAGCUGUUGAUUGUUUCAAGAUAUUAAGAACAAAAUUUUACUCAGAAAUAACUCAAAAAUGUCUACAAUUCUCAUUUUUAGGCGGAAAUCCAGAGAUCAUGAGUGAAUGUUUGAAAUAUCAAAAACCAGAUAGAGAAUGUAUGAAAUAUGCAAUUAUCUCACAUAAAAUAGAUUUUGUUACAUUCUUGAUGUAUGAGUACAAUAUAGAGAUCGAUUUACUUUUCUGUGGAAUCCAUAAAAAUCUUGACGCAUUUUUAGUUUAUUUCGAUCAAACUAAUGAUGUUAAUAAAUGCUUUGUUUAUUCACCGAUGUUUAGUAUUCCAUCUCUUUGCGAAUAUUUCUUUUCACUUGGAGCAAAUAUCAAUGCACGAAAUCAAUCUGAAAAAACUUCUCUUCAUAUUGCAGCAAGUUAUAACAAUACAGAAAUAAUUGAAUUUCUUCUUUCGCAUGGUGCAAAUAUCGAUGCAUUUAAUUAUGAUGGGAAAACGGCUCUUCAAAUAGCAGCAUUUCGCGCUAAUAAAGAAUCAAUCGAACUUCUAAUUUCACACGGUGCAAAUAUCAAUUCAAAAAGUGGAUAUGGAGGAACAGCUCUUCUUGAUGCAGCAUUUUAUGAUUGUAAAGAAAUAAUCGAACUUCUUCUUUCACAUGGCGCAAAUAUCAAUGAAAAAGAUCAUGAUGAUCAAACCGCUCUUCAUAUUGCAACAAAAUAUAAUUGCAAAGAAACAAUAGAAGUUCUUCUAUCAUAUGGUGCAAAUGUCAAUGAGGAAGAUAUGUGGGUAACAACAGCCCUUCAUUUAUCAAUAAUUAAUGAAAAUAAAGAAAUAGCCGAGCUUCUUCUUACACAUGGUGCAGAUGUCAAUGCAAAGGAUCAAGAUGGCGAAACAGCUCUUCAUAAAGCAACAUAUAAAAAUAACAAAGAAAUAGUCGAACUUCUUCUUUCACAUGGUGCAAAUAUCAAUGAAAAAGAUUUUGAUAAAGAAACUGCUCUUGAUAUUGCAUCAAAACAUAAAUAUAAAGAAGUAGCAGAAGUUCUUCUAUCACAUGGUGCAAAUUUCAAUGAAAAAUGA